GUGCCUGCAGAUUUGUGAGACGCUCAAGGCAAGGAUCUUGGGCCUGCGGCAAGAGAUGGACCAGGUGACCCAGCUGGCAAAGACCAAGGCUAGCCUGGAAGCAGACCUGAGGGCUACGCUCCAGAAGGCAGCGACUGCUAUGAGGAACGAACAGAAGCUGCUACUCCAGGAAAAUGAGCUCCUCUCCCAGCAACUGGUGGCGAAAGCGGGACUUCUGAGAGAGAUGGAGGAGCAGAUGACACAGCUAUCCCAGAAUAAAGAGACGGCGGAGCAGGAACGGGACACGAGUCGGCGGGAGCUGCAGGAGUUAUUGGAGUGCCGAGAGUUUAUAGAGCAAGAGAAUCAAGUCUGCCGUACCCACCUGCGGGAAGUGGAGGAGGAACUGAAGGCCAGCCGUUCGACUCUGUGGGAGCGCAACGCCCAACUGGAGGAUCUGAAAGAUGCCCACCAAACACUGCGGCAGGAACAGGAAGCUCUCUGCAGAGAGCUGGCUACCUGCAAAGCUGAGCUCCAGCACGUUCAAGGUACCGUGGAGAAGGUCCGCAAGGCCCUGCUGGAGCUUCGGAAGGUCCAGGCGCAGUUCUCGGGACUCGUGGACUCGCUGCAAGAGGAGGCAGCCGACAGCACCCAGGAGGGCAGAACGUGCACCCCUUCGCGGCAGGCACCGCAGUGCUUGGGGUCGUCCUUCGUAGACAGCGUCUUGCGUGCUGCAGCAGAGAGAGACCUGGAGACUCCCGGCAUUGGCAGCAAGGCCAGCGCGUUCACGAAAACCGCCGCAACUGCUCUGCCCAAGCCAGAAGAAGUCGAGCAGAGGCUUGCAGUCAGCAUCCAGGAACUGCAGGAUGCGGCUGACCAGAUUUGCCAUCUGACCACCCAGCAACAGAAGGCAGCGCAAGAGGAGGUCCGAAGCUUGAAAGCGGAAAUUUUGCAGCUGGAGCACCAACAAGAGGCUUUGGAGUCCCAGCUGAAGGCCGACCAAGACUCCCAUGCUGCUCACGUGGCAGAGCUGAGUAAGACCCUAUAUCUGCACAGGCAGAACGAGAAGGAGCUGCAAGAGGCUCUUUGCCUGCAGGAUGAGAAGCAGCAGCGGCUGAUUGACCAGCGCCGAGAAGUUAUGAACCUACGAGAAGAGGUGUCCCAGCAAGAGCAGGCUCUCCGCAAGGCCGAGACGGAGGUGGCAGUGCUCUGGGAAGAGCUGAGGGGUGCCCGAGUGUCUGACGUGGGCUGGGUCCAGGAGAAAAUCCAGCUAUCUCAGGAGGUGGGGAAACUGAGGGAGCUCCUCCUGGAGAAGGACAGUGAACAUUCACAACUCGUGCCUCUCCUCCAGGAGCAGCUGUACCAGGCCAGGCAGAGGCUGAAGAGAUCCAAACAAAUAGCAGAGGAGAUGCGGCAGGCAUUCACCAGGCUUGAUACAGAGGUGGCAGGUGUUUCUGAACUGUAUCACCUUUUGGACCUCCUGGAAUGAAGCUGGGCUGUUUGUAUUGUAAAUAAAUCUUUUUUUUUUGCAAGCA